GUUAGCAACUCUUCUAGAGGAACUUUCUUUACAAAUACUCAGAACCGUUCUUAAAACAAAAAAUAAUUCAGUGAAAAUGCGUACCUUCAGCGUUUGCAUAGUACUGGUGGUGUUCGUGGUGAUGCUGGUCGGCACUAGCGGUAGUCCCAUCGGCGAUAAUACUGUGCUCACUUUAGAGACAGCCGAACAACCGUUAACAUUGUUCGAUGUCGACGCGCAGCAAGGACAUGAGAACGAAGGCGAUCGCUUGGCCCGGGCCUAUGGUGGCUAUCGUCGUGGUUAUCGUGGCGGUUAUGGUGGAUAUCGUGGUGGAUAUGGUGGAUAUCGUGGCGGAUAUGGUGGAUAUCGUGGUGGAUAUGGGGGUCGUCGUGGUGGUUAUUAUGGUUAAAAAGAGAGAAAUAUACGAAAAACUAUAAUGUGAAUUGUGAAACUAAAAAUAUGAUUUGCCAUACUACAAGAAUAAAAUUUAAAAAAAUUAUUAAAAUAAAUUGCUUUUUUUUCUGUUGUUAAAUAAUCACGCAAUAAUGUGCAAAAUAAAUAUUAUUCCACUUCAAAAUCAGCUUAUCCAAUACUAAA